GUAUAAUCUAGUGGACGGAACGCUUCUUUCAACAGCAGCAACAGUUCGUCAGCGACCUCCGUAGCUUGCUAGACAAAAUAGCCGAACCAAUAAAGCUCUUUAGACGCUUCAGUGUAUAGCCACUGUGUUUUAAACCCACUUCUGUCGUCUAGUUAGUUAUCCGUUUCAAUUUCAUAUUUACGGUGUUGUUGGUAUUAGCGGGCUGGUUAAGUUAGCAUUAGCCUAGCUAGCUAGCAUCUCCGACCAUGAGCUCACUUAGCUUCUCUCCUGCUAAAGAAGAGGUCUGCUGGACGGAGAAAGAGGGACUGUGGCUGAACGUUGUCGUGAAAGAGGAGGAAGAGGAUGUUACAAUACAAAAACAAGUAGAGGGUGAGGCUAUUACAGUGAAAGAAGAAGAGAAAAACGUUUCAGUUAAACAAGAGGAAGACACGUUCAGAGUGAAAGAGGAGGAGGAUGUUACAGUUAAAAAAGAGGAAGAGAAAGAGGAGGAUUCAGUUUUUGGGGUGAAGGAGGAGGAGGAGGAGGAGGAGAUCACUGUCACAUUGGAAGAAGACGAGGAUGAAACUGGAUAUCUGGGCUCGGUUUCCCAAAGGCAUGUUAAGGCAUCCAAUGGUUCUAACGAUAAACGGGCCCUGAUUAACACUAGAGAGAGAUGUGACUAUCCUGGGUCCUCUGGGGAGUCUCAACAACAUCGUGAUGCUGACGAGGCAGAGAAGAGUCUCUCCAGAUCAGAACACCUCAAGAAACACCAGCAGAGACCCACAUUGAAUAAUCCUUACUGCUGCUCUGACUGUGAAAAGAACUGCAAAUCUAAAUCAGAACUUGAAAUACACCGGAGAAUCCACACAGGAGAAAAGCCGUACCACUGCUCUCAUUGUGGAAUGAGUUUCUCUAGAUCAUAUUCAUUGAAAACACACCUGCUAAUUCACACAGGAGAGAAAUCUUAUAGCUGUACUCAAUGUGGGAAGAGUUUUACUACAUCUUCCAAUCUGACUAAACAUCAGAAAACACACACAACAGAGAAACCUUAUAGCUGUGAUCAAUGUGGGAAGAGUUAUGUUACAUCUAGCUAUCUGACUUUACACCAGAGAACACACACAGGAGAUAAAUCUUAUAGCUGUGAUCAAUGUGGGAAGAGUUAUGUUACAUCUAGCUCUCUGACGGUACACCAGAGAACACACACAGGAGAGAAACCAUUUAGCUGUACUCAAUGUGGGAAGAGUUUUACUACAUCUAGCUCUCUGAAAGUACACAAGAGAACACACACAGGAGAUAAACCAUGUAGCUGUACUCAAUGUGGGAAGAGUUUCACUCGGUCAAGCUCCUUGGUAAUGCACCAGAGAAUACACACAGGAGAGAAACCAUAUAGCUGUAAUCAAUGUGGGAAGAGUUUUACUCAGCCAAAUGGACUGAUAUUACACCAGCGGACACACACAGGAGAGAAACCAUAUAGUUGUACUCAAUGUGGGAAGAGUUUUAUUCAGGCAAGCUGCCUGAAAGUACACCUGAGAACGCACACAGGAGAGAAAUCAUAACGUCUUACAGAUCAUUGGGACGCCACUGUCCCACCUGGCCAACAUCCGGUGAAAUUGCAGAGCGCCAAAUUCAAAUUUCAGAAACCGUAAUAUUAAACAUUCAUGAAAAUACAAGUGUCAUACGUCAUUUAAAAGCUUAACUUCUUCUCAAUCCUGCCGCGUUGUCAGAUUUCAAAAAGGUUUUACAGCGAAAGCACACCAUGCGAUUAUCUGCACACAAAAGCAUUACAUACAUUUUCCAACCGAGCAAAUACGUCACGAAAGGCAGAAGUAGCGAUAAAAUAAAUCAUUUACCUUUGAAGAUCUUCAUCUGGUUGCAAUCACAAGGGUCCCAGGUACAUAACAAAUGGUCCUUUUGUUCGACAAAGUCCUUCUUUAUAUCCCAAAAAAGUACGUUUCAAUGGCGCGCUUGACUCAGUAAUCCACCGGUUUCCCAAGUUCAAAAUGCAUACAAAUAAAUCCUGUAAGUUACCAAUAAACUUCUUCUAAACAAGUCAACCAAUGUUCUUAAUCAAUCCUCAGGUACCCUAUUAUGUAAAUAAACUAUCAAAUUUAAGACGGAGAAUACUGGAGACCAUUACCGGAGAUAAAUAACGAAGUACGCACACUCACCGGAACGCGCUACAAACACUACAGCCAAAAUGGGAGCCACUUAGAAAAACUACAAAUUCUAGCUCUUUUUUUUUAAACAAGCCUGAAACUCUUUCUAAAGACUGUUGUCAUCUAGUGGAAGCCCUAGGAACUGCAAUCUGGGAGGACUUCCUUUUAUAUUCCCAUUCCCAGCCAUUGUAAACAGAGGUGAGCUGAAGAAAAAAAAUCUGGAUGGAUUGUCCUCGGGUUUUCGCCUGCCAUAUCAGUUCUGUUAUGCUCACAGACAUUAUUUUAACAGUUUUGGAAACUUUAGAGUGUUUUCUAUCCAAUACUACCAAUUAUAUGCAUAUCCUAGCUUCUGGGCCUGACUAACAGGCAGUUUACUUUGGGCACCGCAUUUAUCCAAACUUCCGACUACUGUCCCCUAGCCCGAAGAGGAUAACACUGCUCUGACUGCGAAAAGAGUUUUGUUAGCUUAAGUGAUUUAAAAUUGCACCAGAGAAUACACACAGGAGAGAACCCUUAUAGUUGUGAUCAAUGUGACAAGAGAUACUUUGAUAAAAGAUCUCUGAUCAAACAUCAGAAAAUACAUGAAGGAGUUGUUUCAUGAUAUCAAUGAAAUAAUGUCACAAUGUAUAAUGUUUUAACAUUGUAGUAGGAGUAUUUUAAUGAUGUCACAAUGUAUAAUGUUUUAACAUUGUAGUAGG